AUGUCUCUGCUCCGCCCACCUACGCUGCGACGACCGUCGCGGCACCUCGCCGUGCUCGGCCUCGCAAGCAUCGGCCGCGCGCUGUCGUCAUCAUCGAGAGAGUACGCUUUGACGCCGCGCGCCGCGGUGGCGGUGACGGUUCGGCGGCCGACGAGUCCGCCGAGCUAUUGCCUGAUCCAGCGGGGCAAGCCGCCCGGCGAAGGCAGGUGGAGCAUUCCCGGCGGCGCCCUGGAGCUGGGCGAGGAGACGCUGGCCGGCGCGCGGCGGGAGCUCGCCGAGGAGACGGGCCUGCGCGACGGCGUGUCGUGGCACGGCGCGCCGUUCACGACGUCGGACGCCAUCUACCGCGACGACGACGGCCGCGUGCGCUUCCACUACCUCAUCGCUCAGUGCUUCUGCGAGGCGGCGCCGACCGCGGCGCUCGCGGCGGGCGACGACGCGCUGGACGCUAAGUGGUUCACGCUCGACGACGUCGCGAACGCGGGCGGCGACGUCGCGGGGAACUGCUGGCGGAUCCUGGCGCGCGCGGAGGCGCUCUUCGCCGCGGGCCUGCUCCCGGGAGACGACGAGGGGCGUCCGUAA